CCUGCCCUGCCGACUGCCCGCCGUCCGGCCCACCCUUAAGCGGCGGCGGCCUCGUCAGCCCGCGGGGGCGUCGCCGUCGACGUCGUCAACGCCACCUCCACUCCACCGCCAGCGUCGUCACCGCCGCCACGUCGCGGCGUCCGGAUGACCCUGCCCUGCGACGCUCUGCUGCUCCAGGAUGUGGGGGUCCGGGGCCGCGGUGUCCUGGGCGGAGCGGAGCUGGGGGGCUGUGCCGGUGCACCACCGCAGGGACGACGACGACCUGGCGCGCUACCAGCAGCGGCAGCUGGCCGACAAGGAGCAGCGACUGCUGCAGCUGUACGCCGAGCAGCGCGCCCAGCAGGAGCGGGCCUUCCAGCGCGUGGGCGCGUCCCAGGCGGUCCUGCAGCACGGCCUCCACCGCGAGCCCAGCGCCCUCAACGGCAGCGCGGGCAGCUCCUCGUCCAACGCCAGCCAGUCGUCGCAGUCCUCGCUGCCGCACGGCAAGGUCCGGCAGCUGUUCGAGGGCCGCCGCCACGGGCACGGCGCCAGCCACGGCGCUGGUCGGGACCGCGGCCUGCCCCUCGCGCCCAUAGAGCGGCGCGCGCGCGCACCCGUGCUCGCCACUCGCAGCAACUCUAACGUCAACCUCAGCCAGACGUACCACUUCGGACAGCAGCAGCCCCGUCAGCCGCGGGGCCACUCCCUGGACCGCGACCUUCGCGUCCACCGUCAGGGUGACUGGGCGGCGCGCGGCCGGCACCACCAGCAGCGGCACCUGGACUACGCCAGCGACUCCUCCGAGUCCGACCGCGAGUCGCCGCCGCUGUACGCGCGCACGUACGGAGCGUACGCCCCGGACCAGCGCUUCCACGAGGACCUCCGGGGCAUCAACAGGCUGCCCAACGUAGGCGGGCAGCUCUUGUCACAGCAACAGCAGCAGCAGACGCAGCAGGCCGCCAUGGCUCCUCCCGGACGCCUGUCCGCCCCCGGGGCCGGCACCACCCCCGCCAGCAGGAGGCCGCCAGCCGCCGCCGCCAACGAGAACGCGCCGCCCCCGGGCAGGCCCGGCGCCACCGGCGCGUCCAGGCUGCCGGGUCCGGCGAGGAAAACCAUGGGUACCGGCGCCGCCGCGCCCGCCCCUGCGCGAGUGGCGCCGCUGCGGCCGUCUUCCGGCCAACGUUCGGCGCCCACUGCCGCAGCUGCCGCUGCCGUGAAGCCCGCGGGACCUGCCCAGCCGGCUCGGGCACCUGCAGCUGCAGCGAGGACCAACGGCGUGCCCAGGCCGGCGCCAGCCAGCACCAAGGUGCCGGCCUCGCCCCAGAGGAUGGCGAGCACCACCAAAGCGGCGGCCACCCCGCCCCGGGCCGCGGCCGCAGCAGCGCGCCCCGAGCCCCGCCAGGACGACGGGCUCGUGGGCUGCCCCAUCUGCUCGCGGCGCUUCCUGCCCGACCGGGUGGCCAAGCACCAGGAGAUCUGCUCCCGCUCCACGCACAAGAAGCGCAAGGUCUUCGACCCCGUGGCCGCCCGCGUCAAGGGGACCGAGGCGGAGAAAUACGUGCGGCGCGCCAAGAACGCCCCCGAGCCCAAGGCACUAAAAAAUAACAGUUGGCGUCGCAAACAUGAGGACUUUAUCCAGACAAUCCGGGCUGCCAAACAGGUUCAGACCCAUAUUGCAAAUGGUGGGAAGUUGUCUGAUUUACCACCACCACCACCCUCUGAUUAUUCAGAUUAUGUACAAUGUCCUCACUGUGCAAGAAAAUUCAAUCAAACAGCAGCUGAUAGACACAUACCAAAAUGCUCCACAAUGCUACACAACAAGCCAAAACCAGGAGGCGCAUCAAAGCCCGCAGUUGGAAGAGCUGGUGCUAAUCGUCGCUAAUCUGUGCCUCAUAGUCAUUCAUUACCAUUUGCCAACAAGAGAACACCUGAUGAUUUUCCUGAAUCUAAACAAGACAAAUCUGAAUAAUUUAAUUUUCACAAUGAAUUAUAUCAGGUCCUAAACAUCAGAAUAUUGCUUUCACAGGGAAUAAGGAUACCUAUUAACCAAUAUUUGAUGAGAGGUGAACCAUCAAAAUACCGUCUCAUACCAUUGUUAGUCUGAUUAGUCUGAAACCAGUAAUGAAUGCAAACAAAAGAAAUGGCAUCACACAUUUUCCAAAAUACCCCUUAAGAACAAGACUAAACCUAAUGUUUGAUAUCCUUUAAACAAUAAAAAUGUAAAGAAAUGCAUUUUUGUAUUAGACUGAACUUUAUAAUAUUGUGUCGGCUGUUAGGUUGGUGAAUAUUGUGAUUAUUAACUAUGUAAUGCACAUAGGCUUAUGUAUCUAGUAUAAUAUCAGCAUUGCACUUGCAGGCUGAUUCUGAUUGAUGAAUCCUUACAAACACGAAAAGGAAUCCAAAAGUAGUAAAAGAAGGCGACUUGAGGACGCACAGAAUGUGUAAAGCAUAAAGUAACCGUUUUAACGUAAAAAGUAUCAUAACACAAUUUUCAUUAAGUGAUACGAUGAAUGGUACGUCAAGAUCAAUCAUUUUUGUACUUUGCACAACCUGCAAAUGAUUUAACUUCAAACACCAACUGGUCAGUAAAAAGUUAACAACUAAUUGAUUUAAAAAAUGGCUUUGAGAAAGUGCAAAAACCUUACUGCUUGUCAGAGAAAUUUAAAAGUUUACUAACAUUUUGUUUUUAAGAUUAGCAAGAUGACAGGCCAAAACUGUGAUGAAAUUGUAAACCCUUGAAGUAAAAUUAAGGUAAGACUGUGAUGCUAUCAGAAAAUAAUAUCAAAUGUAAAGGCUGUGAAUCAUGCAUACAGCACUAGUUAAUAUAGAAACCUUGAAACAUUUCUAUAGAUAAGAUUCCAUAAGACAAAGGCAACUUACAAGUUUCACAGCCAAUGUCUUGCUAAAGAAAGUCUCGGGACAGUUUUAAGCUUGAACUAUUUGUAAAAAUAGGAACCGAGUAUGAUGAAAUGCUACACAAUUCAUGUUAGGUGUAUUGGAAUGAUAUUUCCUUUGUAUUAUUUGUUUGAACAUUAAAGCUCUUAAAUGCUUGAA